CUGAGAACCGAUUGCGAGCAAAGCAAAACCCCCUCUCACUCUCCCACUCCCUUUCUCUAUUUGUUUGCAGAUUUUUUUUCCUUUUUUUUUUUGCGUGCUUUAUUCUCCAAAACUCCGGAUAAUUUACAAGUUCACUCUUGGGAUUAAAUUCGCUUCUCUAAGACUCUUAUUCGAUGUCUAAUGAGGAUAAUUUGUCUCCUCACGCUCAGGGGUUGUCAUUGCAGCUUUCGUCUCAUUUUUUCGGGGAUCUUCUUGACUCCAUUAUUGUUGAUGUUGCAUCCGAAUGUCAUCGGAUAGCAAGGUUGGGCCUUGACCGUAACUUAGAAGAAGAGGAAGAAGAAAUGAGGCUAUCGGCCCAAGCACGGCUAAGGGUCGCUGAUCCUAGUAAUAGCAGUGAAGCAAAUGGCAAGUACAUUGUCGACAUUUUUGGACAAAAUCAUCCUUCUGUAGCCAGUGAAAUAUUUGAGUGCAUGAAUUGCGGCCGAUCUGUCAUGGCUGGAAAAUUUGCUCCUCAUUUGGAAAAGUGCAUGGGAAAGGGUAGGAAGGCUCGUCUGAAGGUGACAAGAAGCAGUACUGCUGCACAAAACCGGAAUUCGCGAGGGAGCCCUGCUUCCGCAUACUCCCCCUAUUCGAAUUCAACUAGCUCAAACCGCUUGUCGAAUGGAACAUCCAGUGUUGCAGGCGAGGAGUACUCAAAUGGCGCAUUUGAAGACCCUUGAAACAAAUUAGAUCACUGGCAGCAGAACACAAAGUUACAUAGCUCUCCUUUUAUUUGCGAGAGAUUUAACUCUUGGGGUGCUUUUGUUGCUUUGGGCCAUACGAGCAUCAUCUGAUCUGAAUAGGGAUAUUCUAUCAGAUUUAACCAUGAAAACGAUGACUCCUACAGGAUAUUCUUGCCAGCAUCUUGAAUGAAAUUAUGAAUCUUAUAAACA